CUAAAGUUUCCGUGGUGAAUCUUUGUCUACAAAAUCGCCAGGAUUUUGUUCCGCCGAAUAGACGGUGCUAAACGACAAUAGGUCGAUCGUUGCUUUGCGUGCUAAUGUUGUGAAUGCGUUUCAAACGAAGAUGGCGGUAUUAAGUAUGUGUUUUGUGUUGAUAAACGAAUGUUUCGUUCCUUGCAAUUGUGAUGUUUUGAAAUAACGGGUUAUUAUGAACAUUGAACAGAUUAUAUUUUCAGCGAAACUUUGCCUUCUAGUGAACAUUUCCGCCGAUUCAUAACGUGAAGGUUAUUUUUGUGGUGGUGUCAGCUGCAGUGUAGCAUCGGUUCUGUGUGUAAACAUAGGUUAUGUGUACGCUAUAUUGGUCGCAGUUAUUAUAGUAGCCGCAAUACAAGUUAUAUAAUCCGUGAAAGAAAGGAGAAAAGUUUCGCGUACAGCGACUGUUACUAUGUUUGUUGAUCUUGUUACGGACUGCAAAGAUUACAAAGUACUAAUAAACUUGAGGUUAUUAGUUUCUACCGGGAAAUGUUUACAUUUUGUGUGAUUUGUUUUGUGGGUGUGACAUCGAAUAUCAUUUCAUCAUGUCGGUAUUCAAUGAGCAUCAGUUUGAGAAAAGACUGCAGUUGCUGAAGGAUUCGCAAGACAGUAUACAAACACUGUCGGCAUGGUGUCUUCAGCAUAGACAGCACCACAAGAAAAUAGUUGCAACAUGGCUUAAAAUAUUGAAGAAAGUAAAAGUCGAGCAUCGAGUUACACUUUUCUAUUUGGCAAAUGAUGUCAUACAGUACAGCAAAAGGAAGAAUUAUGAGUUUGUGGAAAGUUGGGGUACUGCCCUGCAAAGGGCAACGACAAUGGUCAGAGAAGAAAAGGUGAAGUCCAAAAUAUUGAGGAUAUUUCAAGUAUGGGAUGAUAGAGGUAUUUAUGAUGAAGCUUUCAUAGCUGAUCUACGUGGGCUCAUAAGUACUUCAACCAAGAAGACAACAACACAAGAGCCUCAGCCUGAUCCAGUUGACUUUCAGCCGAACAUUCUAUAUGAUAAAAUAAGGAGUUGCAAAACACUUGAAGAUGACACUGACAUGAAACUGAAGAAGUUGAAUGAUAGCCAUUUAUCAUUAUCUGAUGUGGAUGCCUUACGAACUCAGUUUAAAGAUAGAAGACAGGGAGAUGACAUGGCUGCAGAAGUUGAGUGUGGCAUCAGUAAGAUGGAGGCUUACAUACAUGCUCUUGAAGUAGAAAUGAAGGAGCGUGCAGUCCUCAUUGAUCUUCUUGAACAGGGAGAGAAUUUUUAUAACACACAGAAGGGGGAAGCAAGAGUUGUUGCAAAUGCUUACAGGAACUUUGGCAGUCGUGUGAAAAAUUUGAAACGUCGUUUGGAUGAAAUGAUACCAACAUUGAAAGAAGCUAGCCCUAUCCCAUCUCCUGACGUAAAUGCUCCUUCUCCAUCACCUGAUUCCGAUAUAGAAUUACCAGGUGAAGCUAAUACCACAGAGCUGCCCACUAACAGUUUUCUGAACGACUGUACUUCUAAUUCGCAGCCCAGUAAGACUGUUGUAAUACAAGAUGAACAAUCUGUUGACAAAGGGUUCACAAGUUUCAUUGGAAAUUCAUUGCCAUUUGACAUACAGAAAAAUUUCUUCUCCGAGGCAAGUCGUGAUGCAGUACUUUCGUCAUCAUCACCAGAAACUCCACUUGAAGAGGUACCAAUUAUUCCUGGUCUUUCUUCUGGAAACAGGGAAGAUGAGGAAAAAUCACUUAAGAAUGAGGAAAACUCCUUAGGGAAGCCAAUAGAAGUCAUCAAUUCCAGAUCUAAGCCAGAAGAGACAUUCAACAUUACAGAAUUCCUAAAGUCCUUAAUACCAUCAUCCAGCACAACAACAACAGCAACAGCAAUUCCAGGUCUGACAUUGGAUGAAGAUGAGCCGGAACCAGAGCCUGCACCACUGCAGAAGCAGAUUUCGUAUACUUCAGACACAGAAAUUCAGAGUACUUCAAAUACAGACUAUGAUUAUCCUCCUCUUAGUACAUCAUCAAGUCCUUUGCAGCCACCACCAAUGCCUCCAAAUCUGUUCCCGCUGGAGGAGACGACAACAUACAAAUAUGAAACAAAUCAAGAAACUGAAGAUUCAUGGAAUACAAAACUCCCUCCAAAGUUUCCAACAUGGAGCGACACAAACCCUGCAUGGCAAACAGAUUCUGGGGAGAAAGUUAGUGAAUGGAUGCCUGUGUUGCCAGUGAAUAAAGUUCCCAUACAGGAUCUCGACACACCAGAGUCCCCACCAAUGUAUGAAAAAGAAGGUUUCAGUGAUCCUGUUGAAUACGAUGACUCUAUUGUAAAUUCUACAAUGGUCUCAGCUUCUGCAGAUGUAGAUCACCGCACCUUAGUUCCCCUACCUUUGGCCAGUGCUGGUGCUGCUGAAGAGCCUGCUCCAUUGAAUGAGCCUUUGGAAGAUACAGAUCACCGUUUGUUGAUCCAUAUUCCUGCCCCUAAUCACAACAAGAAAGAUGUUGAUCACCGACCAGCACUACACCGGAAGAAGGAUAUUGACCACAGGAACCUGAUUAGUUUGACAGGCUCACCUGUCCGGGAUACGCAUGCACCUCUUGUACCACCCCCAACACCUCCAGUUCUCUCCUGGCUUCGCGAAGACCAGGAUUACAGAGCUGGAAAAAUUAUCUCAGCAUCGGAAAAUUCAGUUGAGAAUGAAGUUAGUUCUGAUGGUGAUGUGGACUACAGGAAACCUUCUAUUAAAGUUAUUCCUCAGAAGAACAAUAUUGGAGAUUUGGACCGUACACAGUAUCGAGAACAGUCAUCAAGAUUAGAUGCAAACAGAUCAGAUGAUGGAGUUCUUUCAGAUGAUACUGAGCAAGUAAAGGCAAUGCAUAUAUCACCACUUCGGAACAGAGAUGGCAAUGAAGAUGCUAAAACACCAACAAAAACAUUUCCACACAAACGAGAUGAAACACAGGAUAAUGUGGAGAGUGUUGAUAUGGAGAUGAGUGAUGAAGAAGUUAGUGAAACAAAUGAAAAUGUUGCUAGUUCUUCAAUGGGAGAUGGUGUUAAACUUGAUGAGGAUAUUGCCCCACUGCCACAGAUUACCAGUAAGACGGUGUCAUUCAAUAUAAAUAACCAAUCAAAAGUUUUGUUUAAUUCACCUCUUAGUGAAGUUGGUGAAGGGUCACCAAAGACACGAAACAGAGUUUUUGGGUGUCAUAAAAUCCCUACUAUUGGUGGUUCAGCACCAGUUCCACGUCUGAGAAAUACUCCACCACCGAAUGUAACAUCUCCAAGGAGUUCUGUGAGAACAGCUUUACUUGCACCUCCACCACCCCCUCCUCCACCUCCUCCACCACCGUUGCCUCCAGAAACCUCUGGAGGAGCUACAAGCACAACCACUGUAGGUAUUACAUCUCUUUGUGAUCUUUUGUCAGCUAAUGCUAAGAACAUAAAUGUAGCAGAAUCUACAGAGACUAAUGAUGUCCGAAAUGGGCAAUUGAAGGACACAGAAUCCCUCACUGAAAACAGCAACCUAAGUAGACUAACUGAUGAUGCAAUCUGGAAUAGUCUUCCUGAUUUGGAAGCUAUCACAGAACUUCUGAAUUCUAGUAGUGGUACUUCACAGAGUUCAAACUCACUAAAUGUUAGUAAAGAACAUUCAGAAUGGAUAGAAGAUUCACCAGCCAAGACGACUGAAAGCAAUGGAACUGGAUCAGGUAUAGAGACUAUUGUUACUGCAUCAAACACUCCAUCAGUGCAGAAACCACCUGAUCAACCAUGGUGUGUCCCUGCGUUUAGCACAAAUGAGAAUGAACCUUGGUUGAAUGAUGAGAUACCUGGAUUUGAAUCUCAUGAUCCCUUGAGGGCUCAUCAGUCAGAAAGGGGUAGGAUGAUUCGAGGCAGGGGAAUGGGUCCUCUUAGAGGUUUCCAAAAUCCCCCUCCACCUGGCCCCCCUGGACCACCUAUGGCACCUCCACCAGGGUCGGUGCCUCCUCCAAUGAUGAGGGGCCCGUUUAAUCCUCGAAUGAGACCAGGGUGGUCAGGACCGAGAAGGAAUGUCCCCCCACCUCCGAGAUUUCCAUUUCGUCCCCCACAUGAUCCGAAUGUUGGACGAGGUUUCUUCAGACCAUUUCGGGGCAAUAUGUCUAGGCCAUAUGGUGGUGGAUGGUGAGGCAGCAAGCCAUAAAACUGAGGUACAAGGGUAGCUCGUGUAAAACUGUUCAUUGUCAUUGUAAAUGAUGUGUAUGUUUUCUGUGAUAAUUUUUCACAUUAUAAGAGCAUUAUGGAAUCAUUGAUUGUUGUAAUGUGAAUAGCAAUUUGAAUGUUUUGUACCAAAAAUGAGAAGAUCACAGUUCCUGGAUCCUGUGUGUAAAUAAAACUGUUGCUGUGAAUUAGUGUUCCAUUAAGAGCACCUGCAGAAACAUGAUUUGGUAAAAAAAGUGCUGUUGCCUCACAUUCUGUUCUAGAACUCAUAUUACAUUCAUUACAACAUACCAACAAGUGUGAUUGAUCAAGAAAUAUUCCUUUUGUACCUGAUUAAUGUUGGUGAUGAAUGUAUUUCUAUUGAAUUUAGACUGGAACCAACAUGUUACGUCCCCCUCUCCUAUUUUUUGUUGUCUUUCACUAUCAUUUAAUUUCUGGCUCCAUGUUGGUGUUCCUGGUCCACUACCCAAGAUGUAGGAGACUCAUGUUUCUGUUCCUGUCAUACAAUUUAAUAGAAUGUCUGUAACAAUGGGCAAUAUAUUUAUUUCACAAAAAUAUGUAACUGUUGUCAAGGACUUAACAGUGCUGAACUAGCUCUGAUGACUCAGUACUGGCUUGAUUUGUGUUUUAUAUACUGAAAACAAUAUUUCUGUCUUGUAAAUUUUAAACAAAGCAUAAAAAAUUUGUAAAUAUUCUUCUUGUUGAAGUUUUUAUAAGUUUUUAAAAACCUUUGUGUAAGUGGGGUCGUAUAUAAGCUCAUUUCACUUGUGUAACAGACUGUAAGUGUACUACACUUUUAAAGAAGAAAAUAUAUUGUGGCAGUGAGCUUUGCAGCAUGGAAAAUUUGAAAUAUUAAGAGAUAUCUGUAAAUUUUAUGAUGUUAACCUGUGGUGUUAUCACAAGUUCACGUCUUAGUUGUUAAUUGUUUUAUGUAGAGAUCUUGCACAAUAAUAGUCUUGCUUUGAUCAACCUGUCUAGUUUAUAGAGGGUUACUGAAGAAGCACUACUUUAUUGUGUGAAUGUAGAGUUGAAAGUGAUAGAAACUAAUGAAGUGAGCAGUUGUUCGUUGCAUUUUAUUCAUUGUAAUGAAUGUUCUAGAUGUACAGAAUUCAUUCCCUUGGAGAAUGAGGUAAUUAAAAAAGUUUGAUAACCAAACAAAAUGGUUUAUUAUGACAAGCUUUAGUGUGCCAUGUAUGACUGCUGUUUUUAGCACCAGUAGUACAAUGUAUUCAUCUUGAGUUCCUUUCAUCUGUCUUACAGCAUCCACUGCUGGGAUUUCCUGUUUGUUUAACGGAAAGAUAAAACUGAUGAGCUCUCUAGUCAGCAGUUUUGAAUGCCCCCCCCCUCCUCUCUCUCUCUCUCUCUCUCUCUCUCUCUCUCUCUCUCUCUCUCUCUCUCUCUCUGCACCUCCCCCUUUUCUUUAGUAGAAGAAAUCUCUUAGAACCUAAAUGUUCUAACUUAUGAUGAGUAUAUUUCAGCAUUGUUUACAAGAUAUCUAUGUUCAUUUUAGAAUUCAGUUAUUUCUGUUUGGUGAUAUGUUUUUCAUCUAAACUUUGGUUGUACCACAAAAGAAGAGUGAAUUGUAUGUGAAGGAAGCUGUUGAUAGUAGAAGUGGCCUUGGAAAUUGUUUAGAAUACUUUUAAAUGCACACAGAACAGGCACAGCCAAAAAUAGCUGCUUAUAUUUGCAGUUCAACAGAAUAAUAUUUUCAAAAGGUAGUCUCACAUCUAACUGGUCACAGUUCUGGCAUUUGUAUAAACACUGUUAUGUAACCAUAAUCACUAUUUCAUUUGUUUUGUAUGUGAAUUUCAUGUACAAUUUUAUGUUCUAAGAGGAAACAUAUUUUGAGCAGAAAUUUCAAGGAGCCAUUGCUGUCUUACCCUGGUAUGUUUAAUGUGAACUGGACUUAGUUUUUUAGUUAUAUUCUGAUGGUUGUCUGUUGCUAAGUUGGGAAAUUUUUGUAUGUAAUAAUUCACUUUUAAUUGCACUAAAAUUUGUAUUGUAUAUAUAAAAUGUACAAUAGA